UCUCAAAACAACCAUGUACAUCAAUAUAUCUGCGCAGCACCUCAAUAGACUACAGACUACAGCCACAUCCACUGCAUCACAGUAGUCAGUGAACAGAAACGCAGAGGGCAUGAGGAUACUCAAUGAACAAGGGGCAGCUGUCAGUGGGACAGUCACCGACCUCAUGAAGCAAUCUGGUCAGAAAAGCCCCCAAGGGAGCCGUCGUCCUCUCAGCCCACACAUUACCUGUGUCCGUUCGUCCAAAUCUUCUCCUCAAGAGCAGCUCACGAACACAAUGUUCAUUGGUCGGGUUGGUGGUUGGACCCCAACAUCUGCCUCAUGCGCUGUGGAACGGUUUGAUCGUUUCUAUAAUGAAUGGAGGACAAUGGUGCCGAUGCUGAAACGCUGUGGAGAUGUGGCUGUCUGCUCACUGGAUGGAAUGAUCUUUACUACAGGUGGACGCGAUAACAUCACAUGUGUGAGCAGUGUGGAAAAGUACGACCCCAACAUGGAUCUGUGGAGCAGCGAAGUGGCAUCCCUCAGCAGCCCCCGCAGCGGUGUGUGUGUGGUGGAGAUGGAUGGGUUCAUGUAUGCCCUGGGGGGAUUUGAUGGAGCAGUCUGUACCAGCAUUGUAGAGAGGUAUGAUCCUGUGCUGAACUCUUGGACCAAGAUGGCUCCAAUGCACCAUCAUCGCUCCGGGGCGGCUGCAGCAGUACUGGAUGGGAUCAUAUAUGUCAUGGGAGGAACUGAUGGAGACACUCCUUUGAAUUCAGUUGAGUGCUUUAACCCGCUGGAAGGAACAUGGCGGCCUUGUCCUCCCAUGCGCACUGCCAGAGAGCAGCCAGGUUGUGUGGUAUACUUAGGACGCAUCUAUGUGGCCGGCGGCAGAGAUGAGCUACGUUUGGAGCUAAGCACGGCAGAGAAGUUUGACCCUGACAACCAAAGGUGGACCCCUGUCAAACCCAUGACACACAAACGCUUUCAAGUUUCACUGGCGGUGUUUGGUGGGAUGCUGCUGGCAGUAGGAGGUUCGGAUGGGAUAUCAACUCUUACAUCAGUUGAAGCUUAUAACCCUGAUUCAAAUACUUGGAGACACUUCGGAUGUAUGAAGACUAAACACCCAGGGGGAGGUGUUGUCUUGCUGAAAGCACACAAUAAGGACUUGUUCUAAAUGUGUGCUACUAAACUCUUAGUUUGCUCUCUAAGUGAAAAUGUAUUUGAUAGAUCUGUGAUGGUAGUAAAAUGUGUUAUAGUAGUUGAUUGGUGAAGCUAAUAAGUUAGGUUAUAGAGGUGAGCAAUGAAAAAGAGAAAGAAGAAAAAUAAUUUAAUAUCAACCAUGGGAGAAACCAUCCAUCACAUUAUAUGGGCCUCCCUGGGAAGGUUUUAUUUACAGACAGAAAGACUGGCAUGGAAAAUGAGCACACACUUACUGAAAGUGCUUUGUUAUGGACACUUACUAAUGGACAGUCCCUCUGGAGCAAUCUGGAGUUACAAGCACUGGUCGUUGGCACUGUAAUAAAAGUAGAUGCUAAUA